CGGCGCUGGGCCGGAGCGGGGCCGCCCGGGCGGGCGCCAUGGGGGCGCUGCUGUGGUGGGACCCACUGCGGGCCGGCAGCUCGGAGGUGGACUGGUGUGAGGACAACUACACCAUCGUGCCCGCCAUCGCCGAGUUCUACAACACGGUGCGUGGCGGCGGCCGCUGCCUGGCGAUGCGGGAGCGACGAGCCCUCGGAGCCGGGGCGCGGCGGAUAAGCAACGUCUUGUUUUUCGUUUUACCACCCAUAUGUAUGUGCUUGUUCCGUCAAUACGCAAUCUGCUUCAACAGUGGAAUAUAUUUAAUAUGGACUCUGCUAGUCGUGGUUGGAAUUGGAUCUGUUUAUUUUCAUGCCACACUCAGUUUCCUGGGCCAGAUGCUGGAUGAGCUGGCUAUUCUCUGGGUCCUGAUGUGUGCUCUUGCCAUGUGGUUCCCUAGGAGAUACCUACCCAGAGUUUUUCGAAAUGACAGGAGCCGUUUUAAAGCUGCUGUGGGUGUCCUGUCUGGAGUUACCACCUGCCUUGCCUUCAUUAAACCUGCCAUCAACAACAUCUCGCUGAUGACUCUGGGUGUUCCCUGCACAGCUUUGCUUAUUGCAGAGUUGAAGAGGUGUGAAAACCUGCGUGUAUACAAACUGGGUCUCUUUUCGGGUCUUUGGUGGAUGCUAGCACUUUUCUGCUGGAUCAGUGACAAAGCAUUUUGUGAGAUCUGGUCCUCAUUUAAUUUCCCCUAUUUGCACUGUGUAUGGCACAUUUUGAUUUGCCUUGCUGCAUACCUGGGCUGUGUCUGCUUUGCCUACUUUGAUGCUGCCUCUGAGAUACCUGAACAGGGCCCUGUCAUAAAGUUCUGGCCCAGUGAAAGGUGGGCAUUCAUUGGAGUUCCCUAUGUCACCCUCCUCUGCGCACACAAGAAGUCACCUGUGAAGAUUACAUGAAGUUGACAAUGGAAUGGGGAUAGAUUUUCAAUUUACAUUCAAGCAUAGACAAUAUUUAAAUAAUGAUAAAUGACUAGUGUUGUAUUUUCUCUUCUUGCUAAGAUAGGCAGCACCUCAGAUGUCAUAGGAAGAGGAGGGAUGUGUGUUCUUUCCUCUCUGAAGAGGAGAGAGGAAGCAGGAAUGUGGAGGCACUUGAACACUAAAGGAACUAAAUGGCUUCUCUGGUUGUCUCUGUUUUGCACUGAAUGUUUUUGAUGUAACAUUUCUCUUGAUAAAAGCUCUUUCCAAAUACCAGCGUCGAGGAAUGAUGUUUCUGCAGCAAGUCACCUGUGAUACUUGAGUCACUUCUUUUGUAACUGCUGGAUUAAGGCCUUCUUUGUGAAAGAAGCCAGUCCAAGAAGCCUGUCUGACAUCCCGUGUCCUUCAUAGGCUCUGAUUUUGCUGUGCUUGCACGCGGCCACAAGAGUGUGCUCAAAGCCCGGUGUGGCACUCAGGAAGUCUGGCUGAGCAUCGCAUUGGAUCUCACAGGGUACAUGGUUUCAUCCCCAAGUACAACAGGAAACUGGUGUUUGCAGCUGGGUAACUGUGUAAGCGCAGGUAGGCAGUGUAGAUGCUGAAGUAGCUGAUGCAAGUCGCUAAAACUAAAUAGGAGUUCAAUGCUCUACUGUAUUUCACCUAUGAACAUUUGUAUGCUGCAUAUUUCUCUUUUACAGAAAUGUCACAGAAAUCGCUCUACCUCUGUGGACACUUUUGGUCUUGAAUUUGGCAUUGAAGCACACACAGAAGUGUUAAUACUAACUUCAGUAAGAUCUUAGGUCAGCAUGGAUUGACAGUGUGAUUAAACUGCAAAAACUUGUAUGUGCCUGGCUGCACAUCUCAUUUGAGAGGUGGCUUCUCACCAGUGCAUUGCAAAGUGAUGUAAAAAAUAGUCCAGUGUUCCACUGAUAAUACUUAGGAAGAAAGUAAGUAACUGCUUAAAAACCAAGCUGAAGACCUAGAUUUCAGUGAGCAGUGAAAUGUGAUACUGCAUCUUGCAUUCUUAGGAAAGAACAGUAGAUUUAGAUUUUCUGUUGCUUUUCAGCCUAUUUUGUAAAGAUAAGGGAUGUAUAGGCUGAUUUAGUUUUAAGAUUAUUGGGUUGAAGUUCAGGAAUGACUACGGUUCUUGUAAGCAAUUUGUACUAGGCCUGUUUAAGUGCAGGCAUGUUUUUUAAAUAUUAGCCAUUGUAGCUGCUAAUAGCUGCAGUUUUGGAGAAAAAAGGGUCUACUUACAUUCCAUCAAACUGUAUUAUCAGAACUGUAAGUGGGUUAAAGCUUUAAAUAUACACUUUUAUUAAUAAAGUGUUACUUUCUUUUUUAGUAUUAGACCAGGAAAUACGAUUUCUUCUCUUGCUAACACAACUCAAGCUGUACUUUUUUUUUAUCAAUGUGAAAAUGUAUUCUAUACAGUAUGAUCUUCAUGAAAGUGACUUCUAGCAAGAACUUCAGAGUAAAUUAACUUUCAAGCAUUUUAAAAACUUUUGUAUUCAAAUUUAUGCUUAGAAAGCAACAACUAUGUUGUAUGCUGAUAUACUUAAAGCAGAUUGCUAGUGGAAGAUAUGACUGUCUUCUUGAGACCUUCAAAGUGGAUAAGUAGACUGCUGUCAGAUGACUGCCCGAUCCUAAAAGCAGCAAAAUCUUUCCAGUGGAACAGCGCAUAUUUAUACUGCUUGCUAGUAGGUUUGAAACAUCUUUUUUGACACAAAGUGAUACAAUUUUUUUAUGAAACCUGUUUGUAAAAAAUUAUAUAGGAAUUUUUGUUACUCUUUGAAACGCAGCUGCUUUGUCCUUUUCCUUCCUCUCUCCCUGAUUAUGAAAUGCUGAGUUUCAAAUACUUCUCAGGUAUUAAAAGUGAUAUGAUUAUACAGAUAGGAUUACUGGCUGGAACCCAGCUAAGGUUUCUGAUGCCUAAUAUGGCCCUACUUUGAGUAAGAUUUUUUGAUAUUGUUUGCUAAAUUAUUAUGUAAUGGUAAGUUAUUUUCAGUAUUGCUUGGGAAUGUAAUAACUGCAGACAUAAUGUACUAUUCAAAAUGACCGGAGCCUUCCUAUGUAAUAUUUUGUUUGAAAGCAACCUCUGACUCAAAGGGCUCUAAUCAAUCUGCUGUUAACUGCUGUUCUGCGCUGCAGAGUCUGACUGCUCACAGAGAAGUAAUUUCAUAAUUUAAAAAAUCUCAGUGCAUUCAGCUAUUGAAGAGGUAAAUGAAUGCAGAAACAGGCCAAGAAUCACCUGUAUUUUUAGUAAGUAACCUCUGGCCUUCAUAUUCUUCAUAGGAGAUUCUGUGAACAAAGAUCACUAUGUGUUAUUCAAAGCUUCACUGUAGAACUAGCUGGUGUAUUCCACUGUAGCUCACCACUUUUAGAUGUAGCUAGUGCACUUUACAUUAAAUUAGUAUUAACUUCUGUGUUCUGAAAAUAGCUAAAUUUAUUUCAAAGAGUUAAAAACAUGCAGUUUUUCUGUCUUCACAGAUUGCACCUUCAGGAUAAAAUUAGUACCCAGAAAAGUGUGUGAGUGGCAUACAGAGGAGUUUGUGCACUGAAUCAUACAGAUGCAUAUACACAUGCCCAAGUAGCUCUAUCACGUUGCAGCAUAUGAAGUGAGGUAUAUGCACCUGCACGCUUUAAAGUCUCAGAAUGCUUUCUUCCCCUACCAGCAGGAAGUGAGUUGGUUCCUAGACUUCAGGUUCAGUUAAAAGUUUAUUUAGUGGGAUGCAAUGGUGUGUUGAGCAUAUUGUAGAUACUGGCAUGUGAUAUUCAUCAUUCCUUUAAUGUUAAACUUUGUUUUUUAAGACAGGAUGGUUAACUUUUCAUGGUGGCGAACACUUUUGCAAUUCACAGUCAUUAAAAACUCAAUAAAUAGUAUGUAAAGAG